AGGCUCCACCUUGAACUCCCCAUAACUGAGAAAAAACACUUGAAAGAUCCACUGGACUAUCAAGGUGAUAUUACGUGGCCCACUAUCCCGUGUUCCUUCGUUUAUCUUCGAGACCUACAUCUACUAUGAACGAUUGGCAGCAUACUCUACCCCAUACCGUGGCUUCACCACAUCGUGGCCAAAACCUUGACUUUGGUCGUACCGUGCCUUUAACUCAUGCGCCAAUCCAUAUGCAUCAAAUCCCAGGACAAUUCACAAGUGUUAAUAGUGGGUACUUGAACGCCAAUCAAUGUAGYUAUGGGCUUAGCAAUAGCCUUUCUAUACCAAGUAUUUACCCAGCAAACCAACAAAYCAACAGUAAGGCACAUCGUCAAAGAAAGCCGGCAAACCAGUCUGAAAAGAAGAGAUGGCAAACUGCGGAUUUUCGAUGGAUGUUUACAAAACGCAAAGGAAAAAAAUCGGAAAAGGAGGAUAAGACUAAUGAAAUGUGCUCAGGAAAGGAUAUGASUUUGGCAGUAGGACAGAAGAAAAGGUUCACUUUUACACAACGRCAACUMGUAGAAUUAGAAAAGGAAUUCCACUUCAGCAAGUACCUGACAAGGUCAAGGCGAAUAGAAAUAGCCACAAGCCUGAAACUCACAGAAACACAAAUAAAGAUCUGGUUUCAGAAYAGGCGUAUGAAAUGGAAAAGGGAACUAAAAGACGCACUACAGAAAACAACUUUGCGCGCAAACGCGCAAUUCUCACAACAACGAAUACAUCAGUACAACAACUUUAACUCUCCGUACAACCAUAUGGUUCYACCAACAAACUAUAACAGCACCUUAUCUAAUUCAUCUUGUUACAAUGGCGGGCCCAUGCCGUAUGGAAUAAACGGUUGAUGAAAUAUAAACUGUUUCAUUCGUUUGCCAUGUUUCAGUCAUACUUUUCGUUUCAUAGUACGCUUACCCAAAUGCAAAAUACGUAUUGUACCAAUGAGCAAAGAUCGUGCUCUUAUAAGUAGCUGAAAUAUUACACCAAGACUUUAAUAGGAAUCUACAUUUAUUCGUUAAGAAAGUGCAUUUAUUUACGUUCUAAGCACCACAUUAUCAUGAUAAAUCAAGCAGAAGUGUUGAAAAUCUAGAAAAGACAAAUUGUGCUGAAUCACCAAUGUCUUGCUUAGCUCUAAAACUGUAAGAUAAUCUUAAAGAMUACAAUAAACUUCUUUUCAAACCCCAA